AUGUUCUUGAUCAUCGACUUAUCCGACAUCAUAUACCGUUUCAAGAUAAUCCUCAUCGAAGGUCCAGACGAACUGUUCGCCGACAAACUAGUAGCAGCGGAUGCUAAGCUGCAGAACUUCGUCUGGGCUGGCGAGAUGCUGUUUAUCUUCUUGCUUAUUCUGGGAGAUAGCAUCGUACUCUGGCGAACGCUGGUUCUGUAUAAAUACAACCUAGUUCCCGUCUUUAUCCCUGGAUUGACGUGGAUCGGUUCAGUGGUGGCCGCUUUCUACGAAGUUGGCUGUGACAACAAGUUUGGUUGGACUCUUCCAGACAGUCGACCUUCCGCCGCGUCAGUUGGCAUCGAAUCCUGCGCGAAGGCGGACACCGUCAGUUUCAGCCUCUCCUACAGCACCAACAUAAUUUGCACAACGCUCAUUAUGUUCCGAGCUUGGCAGUAUCGCCAAAACAUGAAGUCAUUCACGGGCACCGCAAGGAAAACGACGCAAGUUGAGAAGGUACUUGUUCUCUUGGUAGAAUCGGGAUUCGUUUAUCUGGCCAUCUACACCUUCCAAGCUGUUCCAAUUUAUGGCGGGAGCUUCAACCCGAAGACAGUAAUAGUGGUUCAAGCCGCGAAUGCCAUCAUCCAGCAGGCGAUGGGAAUGUACCCAACAAUCAUUGUGGUCCUCGUCCAACUCCAGAAGACAUUGUGGGAUACACCCGAACUAUCCUUCAUGCUUGGCUCCCGUAGCCAAAUGCAAUUCGCCUCCGCGUCCCUUUCAGUCUCAGCGACAGACCAGCUAGACGCAAGCAACAUGGAACACAGCCGUACUGAAUACGCUGAGAGCGGUGAAGGUCGCUCGGGAACAUCGUCAAAGGCCCGAGGCCUUAUCUCCUCCUCGUCUCUCUUCGGCAAGGGGGUGUAG